AUGGUGGAUGGUGACAUGCAGAAAGCCAGCAUGGAACGCAUGCAGGAGGGUUUCUUCAAGCGCACGGUGCAGAACAACAAGCACUACACGUGCACCGAGAGCCAGAGCUGCAAGAUCGACAAGACGCAGCGCAAGCGCUGUCCCUUCUGCCGCUUCCAGAAGUGCCUGACGGUGGGGAUGCGUCUGGAAGCUGUCCGUGCUGACCGCAUGCGUGGUGGCCGGAACAAAUUCGGGCCCAUGUACAAGCGGGACCGGGCCCUGAAGCAGCAGAAGAAGGCACAGAUUCGAGCCAAUGGCUUCAAGAUGGAGACAGGCCCCCCAGCGGGGGUGCCCCCACCCCCACCUCCCCCGCCGGACUACUUGCUACCCCCUGGCCUGCACGCGCCAGAGCCCAAGGGCCUGGCCUCUGGGCCUCCUGCUGGGCCGCUGGGCGACUUUGGGGCCCCAGCACUGCCCAUGGCCGUGCCCGGUGCCCACGGGCCCUUGGCCGGCUACCUGUAUCCUACCUUCCCUGGCCGUGCCAUCAAGUCUGAGUACCCAGAGCCCUACGCCAGCCCGCCACAGCCCGGGCCGCCCUAUGGCUACCCAGAGCCCUUCUCCGGAGGGCCUGGCGUGCCUGAGCUCAUCCUGCAGCUGCUGCAGCUGGAGCCAGAUGAGGACCAGGUGCGGGCGCGCAUCCUGGGCUGCCUGCAGGAGCCGGCCAAAGGCCGCUCCGAACAGCCUGCGCCCUUCAGCCUGCUGUGCAGGAUGGCUGACCAGACCUUCAUCUCCAUCGUCGACUGGGCACGCAGGUGCAUGGUCUUCAAGGAGCUGGAGGUGGCCGACCAGAUGACGCUGCUGCAGAACUGCUGGAGCGAGCUGCUGGUGUUCGACCACAUCUACCGCCAGAUCCAGCACGGCAAGGAGGACAGCAUCCUGCUGGUCAUCGGGCAGGAGGUGGAGCUGAGCACGGUGGCCGCCCAGGCCGGCUCCCUGCUGCACAGCCUGGUGCUGCGGGCGCAGGAGCUCGUCCUGCAGCUGCACGCGCUGCAGCUGGACCGCCAGGAGUUCGUCUGCCUCAAGUUCCUCAUCCUCUUCAGCCUCGAUGUGAAGUUCCUGAACAACCACAGCCUGGUGAAGGACGCUCAGGAGAAGGCCAACGCCGCGCUGCUGGAUUACACCCUGUGCCACUACCCGCACUGCGGGGACAAGUUCCAGCAGCUGCUGCUGUGCUUGGUGGAGGUGCGGGCGCUGAGCAUGCAGGCCAAGGAGUACCUGUACCACAAGCACCUGGGCAACGAGAUGCCCCGCAACAACCUGCUCAUCGAGAUGCUGCAAGCCAAGCAGACUUGAGCCUGGGCCGGGCGGGGCCAGGACCUGGACCGGGGCUGGGGGAGGGGUCACGGCCACCCGCUCAGCCCUCCAGAUGGUUUAUUUUAUUAUGCUGACCCAGGAGCCCCACCCUGUAGGCCGAUGCCCCCUCAGCUCUCUGAAGCCCUGUGUUUGGGAAAUGAGUGAGGGUGGGCAGCGCCUGGCCAAGGUGGGUGGCCCCGCUAGCCACUGGCACUUGCCUGACACUCAAGUGCCCCCAGGCGGUGGCUGCUAGCCACCCUCUUCCCCUCCUCCUGCUCCCCGCUCCCAGUUGUCUGUCCUGGAGCCUGGAGCACAGGUCCAGGGAGGAGGUUUGGGAAUUCCUGGUGGGCCUGGAUGUCCCUUAGGUCAGAAGUCAUCCCUUCCCCUCUCCUGGAAACAGAAGCAGAAAGAGGUUGAGUGGCAUCAACUGGGGGAGGGGGGUCCCCAGAACCCCCUCCAAGGGACCAGGAGGGAAGCCCUCUGUUUAGUAAACUGGGGCUGACAGUUUGCAAAAUCGAACAGGGACUAGAGGACACUGGGAGAUGGUGAGGACAGAGAGACCUCCUCCUCAGCCCUCUACCCCCUCUGACUCCUGCUGGGGAGAGCGUUGACGUGUUAUCUGAAAAGAAUUUUGCUACAAUCAUCUUUCUCUCCCUCUCUCACCGGAGAAGUUCGGCACAAUCAGCAGUCUAGCCCCGCCCACAGCUGGCCCGCCCAGGCUGGUAUUUAUCUGCACGGCUGCCAGGCAGUAGGCAAGAGGUUUUCUGUUUUGUUUGUUUUUGAAUCGAGAUACUCCUUGCAAGGUGUGUAUGGGUAGGGGGCAGACUGGAGGACUGAGGCCGGGGCCUGGGGCUAGCACCAAGUAUAGCCCAUGGUUCCUCCCCACACGCCCUCGUAUGAAGGACCCCACCGGUGGUGCUGGGCCAUGGUUUCCGGGACCCCACUCCAAUCCAGAGGAGAGCUGUCGCUUGCCCCUCACCCCGUCCGAUGAACAUCAGGGUGCCCUGUGGAGCUCAGGGUCUCUGUGGGUGGGAAUACAGGUGGCCUUGGGGAGGGUGCAUGGGUCUCCAGAUCAGGGACAUGGUGGAGAAGCCCUUCCUCGUUGGCCCUGUCCCAUUAGGUCCCUUGCUGCAAACCCUCGAAGCUGGACCCCAACUCCCUGGCCUCCUGCCCUAUGUCCUGAAAGACACUCAGGCACUAGGGAGAGGCCUCAGCUGUCCUCUGUCCUGGGCUGGGCACCCACCCAUCCUGCUUUCACGUCACCAUUGCAGCUUGCGCUGAGCCUGCCCAGGGACUGGGCUCCCCUGCCCCCUGCCUUCCUGUCUCAGUCCCCACCCCUGCCCACUGAAGCGUGUGCCCCUGCCAAGGCCGGACACCCACAGCCCCAAACGAGAAGUGCCCUUAAGAACCCCAGCCCCCG